CUUAAAACCAAUGUGUCGACUGUUCGUUCAAGUUAAAUCUUGAUAUUUUAUCAUUGUGUUUAUAUAUACCUGAAGAAAUAUACAAAUUAAUAUUGAUAUUAAUAUUUAUAGUUAUAUUUAUAAACAAAAAAACAAUAAUUACUUGUACUUGUACUUGUAAUUUAAAUAUUGAUAAUAAUAAAUAUUAAAAGUUGAAGCUCGAGGAUUAACAGUGAUUAAAUCUAUAAGUGGAUUGUGUUAAUUGGUUUGCUAUCAGCUGUCAAAAGUAAUAAACAACAACUGGAUAUUAAAGUUUUUGAAUAUAAAAUAUUAGAUCAAUAUAAACCGGCAGAGUGUACGUACGUGCGCCAUACUAACGUCAUUUACAGUAGUGCGCGCAUUUAUCAGUACGCACUCUACUAUCGCAAGGAAGAAAUAUAAAAAUAGUGAAGAUACAUUAAUAAAAAGUUUAAAGUUAAUUUAAUUUAUUAAUUUAUUAAUUAUUAAUAAAAAAAACUUACCAAUUUAUUAAAUUUUUUCGAUUGUUGUGUUAAUAAUUUAAUAAAUAUAAAAUGAAGGCGAUGGUUGUCAGCCCAGUCGGUGGACGCGUACCUCCAACACGUGGAAUUCACAGCAAUUUAGGCAUAAAUGGAACUCGUCGGGACUUAGAAGCCGAAGAAGUAGCAGCAUAUCUCACCAAAUUGAGGUCUUUGGUGCCCGACAUGCCACGCAAGAGAAAACUUUCGAAACUUGAAGUAAUCCAGAGGGUCAUUGAGUACAUCUGUGAUCUACAAACGACAUUAGAAGAGACAAAUAUUAAUAAUUCUGAAAGUUCUGUUCCAAAUACCCCACCAACUAUUAAUAAUAGCAGUGUAAUCAGUAAAUCCGCAAGCAGACAACCUCUGCAGCCUUUGCUGAACGCCGCCACAACUGUUUCGGCAAUAGCAAUUGAACGGUGACCAAUUAAUUACCAUUACCAAUAAAUAUUAUCUUCAUAUUUAUUUAUAAGAUCAUUAUUGUAAAAAUCAGUCGAGUAUCACUUUAUGUUACUUUAAUAUACAUAAAUUUUAUUAUUCAUUAUUUUUUAUGGCGUUUGGUUGAUGUCUUCCUAUAUUAAUAUUAUUAUUAUUAUCAUUAUUAUUAGUAUAAUUAUUAGUUAAUAUUAUUAAUUAUAUUAUACAACAUUAUAUUAUAUAAAAUAUAAUUUAUAAUUUUAAAAAAACCAUGUAUCGAGCCACAGCCAAUUUAAUCAGGACAAAAAUAAUGUAAAUAAUGUAUAUAAAUUUUAUUGCAUUCCUCAUACGACCUCGUCGCAAUUAAAGUAUUCCAGUAUAUUAAUAAUUGUAUUUUUCAGGCGCGUCAAUUGUUUUUUAGUGUACAAACAAUUGAUACUUUCAGUUUAAAUGCGAAUUAUUAUUUUAAGAUUGUUUUCUAUUGGCUUGGUUGAGAUUUUAUAUUUUCUGUAGAUAUUAUUUUUAAUUAAAUAAUUAUUGUUCACGUUAUUGAUGUCUAUUAGUUUCAUAAUAUAAUUAUUAUUAUUAAUUAAUUAAUUAUUGUUAUUGUUUUCGCAAUAUUAUUUGAUAGCCGUAGAUAUUUUAUGUAAAAAGACUGACAAUUGCUGUAAAUACAGCGACGAGCGAGUAGGAAAGCUUAUAAAAAUGAUAAAUCGAUAAAUAAAUAUUCAAAUAUAUAUAUACAUA